UACUUUAGCCACAUUAGGCAAUUCCGUAAUCUUAUUUAAGGAAAUAAUGAAGCAUGCCCUCUUAAUAAUGUAUUUAUUGUGGUUUAAUAAAAAGUUUAUUAUAUAUUUAGAUGGACCAGCCUAUUUCUCUAAAGAUUAUAAGAAUCAUUCUAGUGAUGACACAUGGCUACAAAAAAAUAUUGCAAUGCUUUUCAAAUAAUAUAUAGAAUAUCUAGGUAAUGCAUUAAAUGGUCCAAAGACACACUUGAGGGCUGGACACAAUAUUUGAUAGGAUCGCAAUCCUCUCAAUAUAUACCUCUUAGUAGUUAGUACCUAUUAGGUUUGACUUAAUGUUUUGUUUGAUUCUUAAGUAAUACUAAUAAAUAUAGUAAAUUAAUUAGAAUAAAUAAAUAUAUCCUUCGUUUUUAUCUUAGUUUAGUUAUUAUUGUUGUUAAAAACAAAAACAAAUAUAUUCUUCUUUUCUGUAGUAAUACUAAUAAAUAUAGUAAAUUAAUUAGAAUAAACAGGAAAGUCAGCCCCUUGCAAGUACCAAAGAUCUUGAUUUCUUGUCAUUAAAAAAACUCAUCUAGUGAAGUAGGAGAAGAAAUAAAGCAUAUGACAUUAUCAACUCUGAUGUCGUAUCUUCCUUGUUCACGGAACAUAUCCUUCUAACAAAUUACCAUUUUUAAUACAGGAAAAUUAUACAAAUGUUGUGUUAAUCAUUGGACUCGUGGACUUAAUAAAUGGUAUGUUAUCCAUCCACAUUCAAAAUGAAUAUUAGAUUGAUUAGAUGUUAGUAUAUAUGUUACAGUUGGUUUCGAGUAAAGUUUUGUAACCUAAAUUAUGGUUAAUAGGUGAUGCAUGUAUGAUGUAUAUAUACCAGCUAAUACGGAAGCGAAUUAAGUAAAGUGUGUAUAAGACUCAAGAUAAAAGUGUGUAUAAGACUAAUUAUACAUAAUAUACAUAAUAUGUCUGAUGAGUUCAUUAUAAUUAAGGGUUGAGUUCUAGAAAUUAGUCGUCUUAGUAGCUAGUAAUAUGUUUUUGAUUCCAAAAACAUAUUACUAGCUACUAAGACGACUAAUUUCCAGAACUCAACCCUUAAUUAGCUAGUAAUAUAAGUUAAUACGUGACAUCAUUUAAGAAACCAUUAUCUUCUGUCUUCGACAAACAUAUAUACAUAUACGGUUUGUUCUUUUAAUUAUGCCAGCUUAAGUCUUAAUGCAACACCUAACACGCGUUAAUGACUUGCUUCAUGUAUAUGGUCAAACUCACACGUACACUCCCAUAAAACCUCGAUCCCCCCAACAAAUUCAAUAUUUCCUUAAAUGAAAUUAGAUGAACCAAUAUGAUUGUAUACUAUAAAUGAAUUAUAAUUUCAAAAAGCUGUAUCCAUAUAAAAUAUAAAAUAGAGUAUAAUUGUAUAAGAAUUAGUUACCGACGUGUUGGUGGUCCAGUGGUCUCGUGUAAAAUUGGGUUUUUUCUGUGCCCUAAAUUCAAAAAAGAAUUAUACAAUUUUAAUUAAAAGAAUUUAAAGAUUAAAUUCAGACUUAUGAAAAAAUUUAGUCUGAGGCAGUAUAAUAAAAAUUAUAAUAACAAUUUACCGUCGCAGUGCAAAGGGAAUGGCGUACGGUAUUGUGUUAGUCAACCCAAGUGACGUGAUGAUGAUUACACUUUUCCUUGGAUUAGUUUUUGUUGGUAAAAAGACAAGAUUCUUUAUAAUACUAUAAAAUUGACAAACUCAAAUCUUAUCUUGAAUUUGUUGGGGGGAAAUAUCGAGGUUUUCUUUUUAGAAAAUAACAUAGAUUUUAACGAAUGGAAAUUAAGGCCAAAUCACAAAAAUAGAAUUAUACUAGUGAAAAUGGUAUCAUGUUUUUUCUAAUCACAUCUAGACUCCCUAAACUGGUUAUUUGUUUAGGAUAUAAAAUUCAUCAUAUAAUUUAAAGAGGGUAUUUACGGUCGUAAUAUUAAUUACUCUCCUUAUUAAAUUAGUUUUUAAAUUUUCCACUCUUCACUUUUUUUGUCAAAAACUUUUUUUUACUCUUCUAACAUGUUCAUCAUAUAUACUAGCUAGCCAUAAGGUAGUAUGUAUACAUACAAUACAAUACAAUACAUUUGAAUUCGGUAUUUAGUUGGAUCGGUAAUUAAAUGUUUUCUUCCUCAACAUAAAUAUUUGCUCCACAUGAUUAUUAUUAUUAUUAUUUAUUUUUUUUUAUUAUUGUCUUUUUAAUACAAGUAACAUACAGAAACCAUUAUAUGUAAAGUCAAUGAAUUAGAUAGCUAGUUAUAAGAAUAUAAGUAACAUAUUGUCCAAUAUAAACAUGAUAGACUCGUAUAAAUGUUAUAAGCUACUGCUUAUUAGCAUUUAGCAAUGACUUUGAGUCUUGAUCAAUGAUUUGUAAGCAAACCUUAGGGAUCUGAUAUCUAAUGAUUAGCUGGGAAACUAAUAUAUAUCAAGCAGUAUUGAUUAAUUAAUUUGAUUUAAAGUGUCUGUUACGCAUAUAUAUAUACAUAUGUAUAUAUUUAAGCUUACUUUUAACUUUUUAAGCUGUAUCCUCUCAUGACAUAAAAACAUAUCAGACACAUAACAAAAGUUUAAUUUUUUAUGUAUAUAUGCGUAUAUUUAGCCACUAACUAGCUCGAUUAUAGUGCCUUAAAGCUAGAGAUUUAUCAAAUGCAUCGAUUCUAGGGUUCUGAAAAAGGACAACAAGAAACAUUUGCGUUGCUUUUAUUAAACUCUGAAUUUCCUGGUGUCUUCAAUCUUUUACUAUAUUUUAUACACAAUAUUUUCAUAUUAUAUUGUAGGGAUAUAAAAUUAUACAGAAUAUUAGUUGCUCCUUUUUGGAGUUUUGAUUGUUUCCUCUUGUUAUUUUGUUGCCUAGUUGUGGUUCCUUUUCUCAUUUAAUUAUUUAACUGAUUAAUUAAUCACAAUCUUUUGAUAAAAAAAUUAUAUUAACUUAUUUAAAAAUGAAUUUCAAUAAAUGAUUUUUAUCUCCAAACAACAUCUUUGUGAUAAAUCAAGGUCAAUUAGCAUUGUCUGGUUUGUUCCGAUCAAUUAUUGUAUUUAAGCUUCCCUAUUUCAUUAACAAGAGUAUUUGAAACCAGUCAAUUUAAUUCCCACAGUUUAUAACUCAUCGUUAACAUUAGUAAAUCCUGAUAUUUAAAAGAAAAAUAUAAGCAGAAAUAAAAGAAUCGUAUGCAUAUUGAACCAAUAUUAAUUUGUUAAUUAUAUGGCCAUUCCUAUAUAUAUCUAUAUCACUUUAGUUAUUAUUAUAUUUUUUAAUCGAAAUCAGUUUAGUUAUUAAUAAUAGAAACUUAUUCACUUUAAGACUUAACUCUUGCAAGGUUAGAAAAGCCAUUAGUCCUUUCUAACUAUCAUUGCUGAUCUGAUUCAUGCAAAGUACUUUGGUACAUAUGUAUCAAUGUUAUUAAAAUUUGCAAAAAUGACAGUUUAUUAAAAUUACUAUUAGCAAAUAACAAAAUGGUAGCUAACAAAGUCUAGAUAAGAAACUUAAUGCAUGAUUUACUUGAUAAUACUUUCAAAAAUGUUUGAUUGAGUAUUUUUGUAAAUGGAUUUAAUAAUAAUUAAUACUCCCUCUAUUUUUUUAUAUAAGUCGUUUUACAGCUAUGCACGUAGAUUAAAAAAACUAUUAAUUUCUUAUAUUUUCUAAACAAAAACAUCAUUAAUUAUUUACCUAACCACAGUUGAACCAAUAGAAAAAUAAAAGAUAUAUUAUCAUUGGUCAUACAAUAUUAAUUACUAAUAAAUUUUACAUAGAAAACCGAAAACGACAUAUAAUUUGGAACAAAAAAAUUUCUCUACAACGACUUAUAUUAAAAAACGGAGGAAAUAUAUGACAAAUGAGAAUAUAAAAUUUUAAGUGAUUAAAUGUCAAAAAUAUAUGAUGGUAAUGGAAAUUUUGAAUGCCUGAAGAAAAAUCCUUUGAUACAAAAAGAAUGUUUAAAGAAAAAAACAAUAAUGUCUUCCAUUCUUCCGAAAACAUGCCUCUAAAUGUUUAAAUGGCUGAUUAAAUCGCUAAAAAUGGAUUUUCGUACGGCUAUUUCCAGGGCCGGCUUAGAUAAGGGGCGAGUAGUGCGACCGUUCCGGGUCCAAUCCGUUGUCCCUCUAUUUUUUAAUAGAUAAGAAUCCGACUUUUUUAAAAAAAAAAUACAUGUAUUUUUAUACUAAAAAUAAGAAAAGAAGUCCAAAUUUUUUAUAUGAAAAUAUUUUUUUGUUUCCAUAGAUUUAUUUUUAAAAAUACUUCUGGUAUUUUGAAAAAACAUAUAUAUAUAUCAGAUUUUCUAAAGAAAAAUAAUAGUUUAGAAAUUAAAAAAAAAAUUUGCCCCAGGACCCAUGACACCAUUGAGCCGGCCAUGCCUAUUUCACGGUCUUUUUGAAUGCUUGCAGUCUUAAGUAUUUUAAGAUUUAUAAUUUAUAACUUCACAUAUUCAGUUGAAUUCGAAGAUGAAAAUACACCCAUUACACAUACGUUAUAUGCUUAUAUUUAUCCGUAUAAUAUAUACUGUGUGUGUAUGUGUAAAAGAAACUCUAAGUCAAAGAACAAGAGCUUCUAGAAUAAAUUUGAGAGAUAAAUAAUCGGCGUAGACAUGGAAAUAAAUGUACUUUGAAAUGAAGUCAAAACUUAUAUGGCAACGAGUCAUAACCGUAUCUAUUAUAUAUGACUAUAUGGUCUUCUCGAUACCGACGUUUUUCCUCACGGCACACGCAUUUCAUACUCAUCAUAUUACAUCCUCGAUUAAUUUCUUAGAAACUUCUUCAACCUGCAGAAUUUCUACAAUUCAUUACACAAAAAACGUUUUAUUGAAACGGAAAACUACGUACGGAGUGACAAAGUUUCUUUAAUUGUUAUCACUAAACUGGUGCAAUGAUGGAAUUGCAUGGUUGGCAAAAAACUAUGGAAACACAUUGUACUAUAUAUCCUGCCGUUCUAUGAUUUAAUACAGUAAUACUCAAUGUUCAUCAUUUUCUCACAGAAAGUUAUAUCAUCAUUUCUUGUUUGAAGUUUCUUACUGAGGCCAUGCAAGUUCCAAAAAUUCUCUUGUUUUUUUUACUCAGUUCUGUCAUAAGAAAGUCAAGAAUUUGGAUUACCUUUUCUCAUAUAAGUUGACUUAUUCAAACCACUAUCUAUGAAUAAGCAAAUUAUCCAAAUUUAAGAAGUACAUCAGAAAUUAAGUGAUAACGCUUGAUUGGCUACAAAAGGGAACAUUUCAACCCAAGUCACGACAAAUCAAGAAACUAUAUAAUUGCUAUAUAUUAAUUAAAAUAUAUAAAGUGCUAUGCAAUUGGACAAAUUUUACGCAAGUUUUUCUUUUGUAUAAUGAUUUAAAAACUGAGACAGCUUUUCACCUUUCAAAUAAACAAGUAAUUGUUAGAAAACUAAUCCAAAAGCAAAAAACACAAAAACCCUAGUAAGAAAAAUAUAGUUGCUAAGGGUUGAAUUUGAAAUAUGAAAAUUAAAACACGGAGACGACUUUAUAUAAUAAGAUAAUAUUUACUUUUUAGUUAUAAUAAUCACUAAUUAAUACCUUCCUUUUUCUUGUCUUUAUAAACCAUCUCUUCUAAGCAUUAGAUCAUUUCAUCUUCAUCAAGCAUAAUAACACUUUGGAAGAAUAAGUACAACAACAAGAAGAAGAAAAGACAAAAGGAUUUGUAAGAAAAUGGGAAGAGCUCCAUGCUGCGACAAGGCAAACGUGAAGAAAGGGCCGUGGUCGCCUGAAGAAGAUGUGAAGCUCAAGGAUUAUAUCGACAAAUAUGGCACUGGUGGCAACUGGAUCGCACUGCCUCAGAAAAUUGGGUUGAAGAGAUGUGGUAAGAGUUGCAGACUGAGAUGGCUUAAUUACUUAAGACCAAACAUCAAACAUGGUGGCUUUUCUGAGGAAGAAGAUAGUAUCAUCUUAAAUCUUUACAUCAGCAUUGGAAGCAGGUGGUCUAUAAUUGCAGCUCAGCUUCCUGGAAGGACAGACAAUGAUAUCAAGAAUUACUGGAACACCAAACUGAAGAAAAAGCUGCUCGGAAGACAGAAACAAAUGAAUUGUCAAGACUCCAUCACCCAUUCGAAUGAAAACAAUAUCAGCAACAACAACAACAAGAGUCCUCAAAAUCUGAGUAACUCGGCUCUAGAGAGGCUUCAACUUCACAUGCAGCUUCAGAACUUACAAAGCCCCUUCUCUAGUUUCUACAACAACCCUAUCUUGUGGCCCAAGCUUCAUCCAUUGCUGCAGACUACUCCGGAUCAAAACUCUAAGCUAGCAUCCCAAGAAACCCUCCACCCUCUAGGAGUUAACUUUGUUCAUCAGAAGAGUCAUAUCAAUCUAGCUGAGCUCAGCAAUGGAGCAUCUCCUAUCUAUUCAGACAACGUAGAACAAGACCUCAACUCUGCUAACGAAUUUCAACCUAAUUUCGGUUUUUCGCAGGACCUUCAAUUAGAUAAUCAUAACAUGGACCUUAUGAACAGAUCAUGUGGUUCUAAAGAAUGGUUUCAAGUGGGCAACGAGUUUGGGCCAACGAACGAUUCGAGCUGGUGGUCAGAAGAAGUGGAGCUAGAGAGGAAAACAAUGUCGUCGAGUUCUUGGGGAUCAGCUUCUGUUCUUGAUCAGACGACUGAAGGAGUGGGUAUACUUCAAGACUACACUCAGAUGAGCUACCACAGUGUUUAAUUAUUUUUAUUUAUCAUGCAUAUGUACAUGCAUGUAUAAGUAUAGGGCCGGAUUAUUGAUGAAUUAUGUAUUAUUACAGUCAUAAGCUUAUUGUAGCAUGUCGAGGGUGAAAGGUUUUUUCUCAUUUUCUUUUUAAAUGUAACGAGUUGUGGAUAAUGAUAAUAAUAAUAAUAAUGUAAAUCAUUAAUUUUACUUGCUUUUCUUAUUGAAUGACCUGAAAACUUACAUGGAUUUAAAAGUAAUUUCUGACCAAUUUACGAUGAGAUGUUAACAUCUUACAUAGUUGUUACUGAUUACUGAUUGAUAAUUUUUUGUAAUCUAAUAGAUUUUCCUUGUACGUUGUAACUAACUGUUAUCUUUUUCGACUUAAGAUUUAGUGUUUUUCUCUCAAGGGUUAUGUAUACUUUUGGGCUUUUCGGCCAGAAAUAAUAAAUAUGUGGUUAAUAAUGAUUAAACCAGGAAAUAAUGGGCCUGUCCAGUUUUCAGUUAUAAAGGGCCGGGCCAUAUAAAGAUCCCCUAGUUGCUGAGAGUGACAUGGCCUAACCGUAUGACAAGGAGGCAAAGUAAACUUAAAAUUAAUUUACUCAACUAGAAGUAAAAUACUAUUAUACAUUUGACCAUAACUAAGUUUUGUAUAAAAAAAAAAGCCAUAGGAGCAUUAGAUAAAAUGUCUUUUCAGGGAACAUUCUUAGGCCGGCUACAUUGCUGUAUUAUCUCGCAUCUAUUAUCCGGGACUUGCUAACUAAUAUAUUAAGAUCAGUUUAAAACUAGUAUACUUGAUCAAUUCUAUCCAAAAUUAAAAACUCAUGGACAAUCACCUUUUCCUUAUGCCACUUGGUUUUAAGAAAUCAGUAAAAAAUCAGUCCAUGCGAUUGAUCGACAUAUUUUCAUUGCAUAUUUAAGAUUACAAUUUAAUUCCAAUAUCCCAACAUUUUAUCACAUAUGAGAUGGCGAAGAAAAUUAGUUUAGUUUUAUUUUGCAAAGAACAAAACAUAACUCUAUAUUUAAAAUGAAAGAUUCUUUCAAAAAAGUUUAAAAUGAACUU